UUUUGCAUGAUUCAACAAGCAUCAUAUUCAUGACGCUCAGUCCACACGAUCUCUUCCAACUAACACUCUCUCAACCUCCGCUCCACCGAUCUGGCGGUCCGACGACCUUCCGGUCGCCGGGCAGCGCGGCCGAUUUAUUUCUCUUUUCCAUGUGUGCGACGGUUAACAGCCAGAGACUUAGUGGGGGGAAAGGAGUUAACGACGGUUAACAAGGGCGAAUUCAAAAUCGCCCCCAUUUUCUCAGCAUCUCCAAUUGCAAAUUUAAACUCAAAUACCGUUUCCAUUCAUGGAUCGGCCUUCCUAGCAGCAUGGAGGAUGGCCUGUGGUUCAGCUGGACUGGUAACUUUCCUUAUUCCAAAAGGAACCUAUUUGGUUGGUCCAGUUAAAUUUUCAGGCCCUUGCAAAAAUGUGUCAUCUCUAACAGUUAAAAUGAAGGGCUAUUUGAAGGCAUCAACAGACCUGUCGAAAUAUGGUUCUGGUGCAGGUUGGAUUGAGUUCAGAUGGAUGGAGGGGCUAACCUUGACUGGAGGUGGAACCUUUGAUGGCCAAGGCGCUGAGGCAUGGCCAUUCAACAACUGCCUUGAUGACUACAAUUGCAAACUACUUCCAACUAACUUGAAAUUUGUGGCUAUGAAUAACACGGUUGUUCAACACAUAACUUCACUGGAUAGCAAGUUCUUUCACCUGGCUUUAGUACAAUGCAAGAGGUUCAGAGGUAGCAAACUCAUGAUUUCAGCUCCGGCAAAUAGUCCCAACACUGAUGGCAUCCACAUUGACCGAAGUUAUAACGUCCAUCUUUCUCAAUCACGUAUUCAAACUGGUGACGACUGCAUCUCCAUCGGACAAGGGAAUUCUCAAGUCACAGUCUCCAGCAUCAACUGUGGACCUGGCCAUGGGAUCAGCGUCGGAAGCUUGGGAAGAUAUCGAAAUGAAGGAGAUGUAAACGGAUUAGUAGUUAAAAAUUGCAGCCUCACAGGUACCACCAAUGGGAUCAGAAUCAAGACAUGGCCAAACUCUCCUGGCAGCAGCUCAGCCACAAACAUGACAUUUGAGAACAUUACCAUGAACAACGUGUCCAAUCCAAUUAUCAUUGAUCAAUCAUACUGUCCGUUCAGAUCUUGUUCUCUUAAGGCACCAUCUCUAGUGAAGCUGAGUGAUAUUUAUUUCAAGAACAUAAGAGGAACCUCUUCCUCUAAGGUAGCUGUGGCAUUAGAAUGCAGCAAGGGAAUCCCAUGUCAGAAUGUGAACCUUGAAAAUGUUCACUUGAAUCUUUCAUCAGGGGAAAACCACCCAUCUUCUACUUGCAAAUAUGUUAGAGCCAGGUACAUUGGCACCCAAGUCCCACCCCCUUGUGCUUAAGAUUUACAAAUCAUAUGUUUGUAGUUUGCUUAUGUUGCAAAGCAUAUUUAUAUGUUUUUAAACAUUGGCCUAAACAUUUAUAGCUUGUGGAAUCUAGAAAUUAUUCUAUCUGGUUAAAUUUUACUAAUAUCUUUGUUGUAAUUGCUAUGUUGUGGCUCAUUGCUUGUGUGUUCUUUUAAGGAUGAAUAUUUGAAAGUAUGAUUUGCAAAAGA